CAAUAUGGCUGCCACCAUGAAAACGUGUUGUUGUUUAUAAACAAGUAACGAUGCAUUACAUUUCCACUGAACAUUAUUCCUGAUCUUGUACUGCACUAUAUUUUGCGAGUCUUUAUAAGCUUUAUUGGAAUGGCUAAUCGUAAAUGAUGACAUCUCUGACAUGUUUGAGAGACAGCUUAUUUCUCAAUGACAAAUCGACACCAGCUUGUUUUGACGUUUUGACCCUCUCCCGGCACUCGAGUAGUUUUUACUAAGACGGUGACAUCACACUGACAUGCAUCGUUGUAUUUAUUGUUCCCGUUUCUUACGGCUUACGAGAACGAUAGAAUGCGUUGCUUCUACUAUUCCGAGAUAUUUUGGUGCAAGAAACUUUACAAAUGAUUCUACACAUGAACCAGCCAACCCAACACAACGCGUGGAGCCGGUGUCCUUGCAGCAAUCGUUGUUAAAUGCAGAAGAUGUGCCAAGCAAGGAAGAUGUCUUGUCCAGUCAUGAGGUGUUGGCGGGAAAGACUGUUACUCGUUCAAGCCACUACAUCAUUGACAGAGAUAUAGCAAGGGCCAUUGCUACAGCAGUUAACCAAAACAAGCCAUCUGAGAGUUGUGUCCUUGUGGAGGCAAACCCUGGGCCUGGAAUAUUGACAAGGGCUUUCUUUGAUGCAGGGUUUCAGCAUGUUGUUGCUGUAGAGAGUAAGCCAGAAUUCCAGCAAUACAUGCAGGACAUUGAGAGGACGGUGGGAUCAGACCGACUCAAAUAUUUUGACUUCGACCCUUUCAUCUUGUGGCGGCGGGACAUGCUCGCAAACAAGCACGACGCCACGUACAAGGAAGUGGAGAACAACAUUGCACAGUACAUGACCUCCAGUGUACCGACAGAUGUUCCUGUCAGUGUGUUUGGUGUUCUGAGUAAAAACAAGGAGUAUCCCUUCCUCUCCUACCUGUCCAAGACCUUUGCCCUGGGGGAAGGGCUGUUUUCUGUGAGGCCAAAGAACUGGUUCUUGUUUGUGUCUGCUAAAAUUUAUCUGCAACUGAAGAUUUGUCGUGGUGACGUUUGGUCGUCCGUCUUCUACAACAAAGUUGCUGUCGUCAUCUACAGUUUCUUUGACUUCAAAUUGCUGAUGGAGCUUGAACACAACAAAUUUGCACCUCCAUUUAGGAAGAAAAAGAAGAAAGUGACCAGGCUCUACCCUGAGUGCGAUGUCAACACAAAGUACCUGGUACAGCUGUCAGUCAAGCCUAACAUAGAACAGAUACUCCCUCCCAGUGAGAUCACUACCUUUGCCAUGUUCCUUAAGCAGCUGCUGUUCAGGAGGAAUGACAGGUUCAUCCCUCGAAUGGAACAGCUGAUCCCGGGGUGCGGGCUGCACCUGAUCCAGGCCAGGUUCUCCAUGAUGCAGCUAGUGAUGGACCUCACUCCCGCACAGCUGCUGGAGGUCUUCAAGUCACUUCUCACCUGGCCGGAGUAUCCUGACUCUCCUCUGUCCUUUAUCUUGAUGGAGAGGUCAGAGGUCGACAUUGACGAGGAAGAGGUCAAGGACAAGUUAAAAGAGGAGGAGGACAUGGCCCAAGAGGGCAGCAGGGUGGGCCGCAGUGGUGGUGGAGACUGAUGAUCUCACCUCUCCCUAGGUCCUGGAGGGCAGCAGGGUGGGUCACAGAGGUGGAGACUGAUGCUCUCACCUCCCCCUAGGUCCUGCAGGGCAGCAGGGUGGGUCACAGAGGUGGAGACUGAUGCUCUCACCUCCCCCUAGGUCCUGCAGGGCAGCAGGGUAGGUCACAGAGGUGGAGACUGAUGCUCUCACCUCUCCCUAGGUCCUGGAGGGCAGCAGGGUGGGUCACAGAGGUGGAGACUGAUGCUCUCACCUCUCAAUAGGUCCUGCAGGGCAGCAGGGUGGGUCACAGAGGUGGAGACUGAUGCUCUCACCUCUCCCUAGGUCCUGGAGGGCAGCAGGGUGGGUCACAGAGGUGGAGACUGAUGCUCUCACCUCCCCCUAGGUCCUGCAGGGCAGCAGGGUGGGUCACAGAGGUGGAGACUGAUGCUCUCACCUCACCCUAGGUCCUGCAGGGCAGCAGGGUGGGUCACAGAGGUGGAGACUGAUGCUCUCACCUCUCCCUAGGUCCUGCAGGGCAGCAGGGUGGGUCACAGAGGUGGAGACUGAUGCUCUCACCUCUCCCUAGGUCCUGCAGGGCAGCAGGGUGGGUCACAGAGGUGGAGACUGAUGCUCUCACCUCUCAAUAGGUCCUGCAGGGCAGCAGGGUGGGUCACAGAGGUGGAGACUGAUGCUCUCACCUCUCCCUAGGUCCUGGAGGGCAGCAGGGUGGGUCACAGAGGUGGAGACUGAUGCUCUCACCUCCCCCUAGGUCCUGCAGGGCAGCAGGGUGGGUCACAGAGGUGGAGACUGAUGCUCUCACCUCCCCCUAGGUCCUGCAGGGCAGCAGGGUGGGUCACAGAGGUGGAGACUGAUGCUCUCACCUCCCCCUAGGUCCUGCAGGGCAGCAGGGUAGGUCACAGAGGUGGAGACUGAUGCUCUCACCUCUCCCUAGGUCCUGGAGGGCAGCAGGGUGGGUCAAAGAGGUGGAGACUGAUGCUCUCACCUCUCAAUAGGUCCUGCAGGGCAGCAAGGUGGGUCACAGAGGUGGAGACUGAUGCUCUCACCUCUCCCUAGGUCCUGGAGGGCAGCAGGGUGGGUCACAGAGAUGGAGACUGAUGCUCUCACCUCCCCCUAGGUCCUGCAGGGCAGCAGGGUGGGUCACAGAGGUGGAGACUGAUGCUCUCACCUCACCCUAGGUCCUGCAGGGCAGCAGGGUGGGUCACAGAGGUGGAGACUAAUGCUCUCACCUCUCAAUAGGUCCUGCAGGGCAGCAGGGUGGGUCACAGAGGUGGAGACUGAUGCUCUCACCUCUCCCUAGGUCCUGGAGGGCAGCAGGGUGGGUCACAGAGGUGGAGACUGAUGCUCUCACCUCUCCCUAGGUCCUGGAGGGCAGCAGGGUGGGUCACAGAGGUGGAGACUGAUGCUCUCACCUCUCCCUAGGUCCUGCAGGGCAGCAGGGUGGGUCACAGAGGUGGAGACUGAUGCUCUCACCUCUCCCUAGGUCCUGGAGGGCAGCAGGGUGGGUCACAGAGGUGGAGACUGAUGCUCUCAUCUCCCCCUAGGUCCUGCAGGGCAGCAGGGUGGGUCACAGAGGUGGAGACUGAUGCUCUCAUCUCCCCCUAGGUCCUGCAGGGCAGCAGGGUGGGUCACAGAGGUGGAGACUGAUGCUCUCACCUCUCAAUAGGUCCUGCAGGGCAGCAGGGUGGGUCACAGAGGUGGAGACUGAUGCUCUCACCUCUCAAUAGGUCCUGGAGGGCAGCAGGGUGGGUCACAGAGGUGGAGACUGAUGCUCUCACCUCUCCCUAGGUCCUGGAGGGCAGCAGGGUGGGUCACAGAGGUGGAGACUGAUGCUCUCACCUCCCCCUAGGUCCUGCAGGGCAGCAGGGUGGGUCACAGAGGUGGAGACUGAUGCUCUCACCUCCCCCUAGGUCCUGCAGGGCAGCAGGGUGGGUCACAGAGGUGGAGACUGAUGCUCUCACCUCCCCAUAGGUCCUGCAGGGCAGCAGGGUGGGUCACAGAGGUGGAGACUGAUGCUCUCACCUCCCCCUAGGUCCUGCAGGGCAGCAGGGUAGGUCACAGAGGUGGAGACUGAUGCUCUCACCUCUCCCUAGGUCCUGCAGGGCAGCAGGGUGGGUCACAGAGGUGGAGACUGAUGCUCUCACCUCCCCCUAGGUCCUGCAGGGCAGCAGGGUGGGUCACAGAGGUGGAGACUGAUGCUCUCACCUCCCCCUAGGUCCUGCAGGGCAGCAGGGUGGGUCACAGAGGUGGAGACUGAUGCUCUCACCUCUCCCUAGGUCCUGCAGGGCAGCAGGGUGGGUCACAGAGGUGGAGACUGAUGCUCUCACCUCUCCCUAGGUCCUGGAGGGCAGCAGGGUGGGUCACAGAGGUGGAGACUGAUGCUCUCACCUCUCCCUAGGUCCUGGAGGGCAGCAGGGUGGGUCACAGAGGUGGAGACUGAUGCUCUCACCUCUCCCUAGGUCCUGGAGGGCAGCAGGGUGGGUCACAGAGGUGGAGACUGAUGCUCUCACCUCUCCCUAGGUCCUGGAGGGCAGCAGGGUGGGUCACUGAGGUGGAGACUGAUGCUCUCACCUCUCCCUAGGUCCUGCAGGGCAGCAGGGUGGGUCACAGAGGUGGAGACUGAUGCUCUCACCUCUCCCUAGGUCCUGCAGGGCAGCAGGGUGGGUCACAGAGGUGGAGACUGAUGCUCUCAUCUCCCCCUAGGUCCUGCAGGGCAGCAGGGUGGGUCACAGAGGUGGAGACUGAUGCUCUCAUCUCCCCCUAGGUCCUGCAGGGCAGCAGGGUGGGUCACAGAGGUGGAGACUGAUGCUCUCACCUCUCCCUAGGUCCUGCAGGGCAGCAGGGUGGGUCACAGAGGUGGAGACUGUUGCUCUCACCUCCCCCUAGGUCCUGCAGGGCAGCAGGGUGGGUCACAGAGGUGGAGACUGAUGCUCUCACCUCCCCCUAGGUCCUGCAGGGCAGCAGGGUGGGUCACAGAGGUGGAGACUGAUGCUCUCACCUCUCAAUAGGUCCUGCAGGGCAGCAGGGUGGGUCACAGAGGUGGAGACUGAUGAUCUCACCUCUCAAUAGGUCCUGCAGGGCAGCAGGGUGGGUCACAGAGGUGGAGACUGAUGCUCUCACCUCCCACUAGGUCCUGCAGGGCAGCAGGGUGUGUCACAGAGGUGGAGACUGAUGAUCUCACCUCUCAAUAGGUCCUGCAGGGCGGCAGGGUGGGUCACAGAGGUGGAGACUGAUGCUCUCACCUCUCCCUAGGUCCUGCAGGGCAGCAGGGUGGGUCAAAGAGGUGGAGACUGAUGCUCUCACCUCUCAAUAGGUCCUGGAGGGCAGCAGGGUGUCACAGAGGUGGAGACUGAUGCUCUCACCUCUCAAUAGGUCCUGGAGGGCAGCAGGGUGUCACUGAGGUGGAGACUGAUGCUCUCACCUCUCAAUAGGUCCUGGAGGGCAGCAGGGUGGGUCACUGAGGUGGAGACUGAUGCUCUCACCUCUCCCUAGGUCCUGGAGGGCAGCAGGGUGUCACUGAGGUGGAGACUGAUGCUCUCACCUCUCAAUAGGUCCUGGAAACAAUACUCUCAAUGUCUCCAGACAAACAUCAGUGCUCUCCCUUGUCCCAUCAGUGGCUGCACACUCUGUAGUCUAUUUCUGAUGUGUACUAUCCAUCCUCAUAUUUGAUAUACAAGUGAAUAUUAUGAAGAGAAAUGUGUGGCCAGUGUAUCAACUACUCAAAAGUAUAUGCCUAUCUCCCUUUGAUCAGUUGAGUCUGGUGAUAGUGUUUGAGUGGUGUCCCGGCCUGGGAGACCAAGUCAGGACCUGCUACUCCACUACAACAAACAAGCUUAUGUCCGUCAGAAGUCUGUGUACAGUGGGGGUAGGCUGCAUUGCCUUUGCCAUUUUAUCAUCUGAGUCUUCCAACUGCAAUCAACGCAACUUGUCUCAUGUAACUAUAGUAACUGCUUGUUCCAACUAGAUGUAAAUUGCGUAAUCAUUCAUUGAACACCAUCAUACAAACUGACUUCCAAUCGAGUGAAAAAAGUGGAGCUUAAAAGUGGAACACUUUGGUCAUGACAAAAUGUCUGUUCCUCAUAUUCUCAGCCCUUCAGACAUACUGAUUCUGUGUCCUUGCAGGAGACAAUGGAUAACAGUCUGAGUGUCAGUCCCUCAUAAUCUCAGCCCUUCAGACAUAAUGAUUCUCUGUCCUUGCAGGAGACAAUGGAUAACAGUCUGAGUGUCAGUCCCUCAUCUUCUCAGCCCUUCAGACAUACUGAUUCUGUGUCCUUGUAGGAGACGAUGGAUAACAGUCUGAGUGUCAGUCCCUCAUCUUCUCAGCCCUUCAGACAUACUGAUUCUGUGUCCUUGCAGGAGACAAUGGAUAACAGUCUGAGUGUCAGUCCCUCAUCUUCUCAGCCCUUCAGACAUACUGAUUCUGUGUCCUUGCAGGAGACGAUGGAUAACAGUCUGAGUGUCAGUCCCUCAUCUUCUCAGCCCUUCAGACAUACUGAUUCUGUGUCCUUGCAGGAGACAAUGGAUAACAGUCUGAGUGUCAGUCCCUCAUAUUCUCAGCCCUUCAGACAUACUGAUUCUGUGUCCUUGCAGGAGACGAUGGAUAACAGUCUGGCAUGUCAACUAGUAGUACAUCUGACAUGAUGUACCAGGGGAUAUUUGCUAAGUUAGUGAUAAUCAUGAUAAUAAUAAAUUGAACAUGCUAUUUGCAUAUAUAUGAUAUGGCAAAAGUGUCAGUUUAGAUAAUAAGAAAGGUUUUCCAGUAUGUGAUGAAAGAUUUAGUGCUUGAUUUGAUAAUAAAACUUUAUUUUAUA